AUGCUUCGAAAAAAUUUUCCGAAAACAUUUUCAGCCUCAAGUAACUCCUUUAUCUGUCCUGAUCUUGACAAGAACGAGCGCUGUCUGAAUAGAUGCCAGUCUUCUAAAAAUGACUGUAUCAAUGUUUGCGAUGAAAACGACUAUACUUGUUCAUCUCGUUGUGAAGCUGAGUUUUUUGACUGUCGUUAUGCAUGUCCUUGUGAAGAAGGUUGCCCAGUUGGUUGUGUUGAAUGUUCUAAUGCAGUCUGCAAUGAGAGAGAGUUCCUUUUUAUUCUCAACUACUGGAGAGCAAAUGAAGAUGUUGGAUAUCUUUUGAAUCUGAAAACGGAAGAAAUAAGCUACGCGACGGUCAACUACAACUCUCUCAGCAUUGAUGAUUCGUGUUACGCAUUCCUCGGAGACAAGCACUUUCUUCUAAGAGGAUCAAUGAAUCCUCAUCAGAUUCUUACCUUUGAAAGUGAGACCUGUAGCUUGAGAGAACACGGUGUCUUGGGUACAUCGCAUGUCGAUGGAAUGUACGGAUCCUGCGCGGCUUACAACGAGAUCGCGUACUUGUGUUUUGAUGAAAAUGGCGUCGAUCAACGAGGAUGCCAAGGAUUCGAUGGAAACGAUCAGAUUCGCGUCAAGCAAAAAAGUACUCAUGCGCACGAUUGGUCCUCAAUGGCCGUCUACGAUGGCAGAAUGUGGGUUGUUGGUGGAUGUGAAUCCAGUGGUUGCUACAAUCACGUCGAAUUUUUUGACGGAAACUCGUGGCAACUAUCAGUACCUCACCCAGACUCAACGAUCUGGGCUGAUUCGGGCGAGCUUUCUCAAGCACAAAAGUUUUCUUACGGUGUAAACGCCGGUGUGAUUGUUAAUGGCUACGCGUAUAUCGGGAAAGAUGUUCUCGACAAAGCAAAACUUGAACCAAGCGAAUUUUCCGCCUAUAGUCUCGGAAAUGAUCCUGAUGAUACAACUUUAUGGCUGUAUUAUUCGCCAAUGAUAACUGACAUCAGCGCGUACGCUUACCAGCUAACGGUAAAAAUGGACCAGCGAAACGAACUUCUGACAGAACUUGGCGUUGAGGACAUUGGAUUAGUGGCGGAAGAAGUCAGAGCAGCACCACCAAGCAAUAACACAGAGCGUGAACGAACGUACAUGAUGUUUAUCGAAGCGCUGACGAUGAAUUUGGAACGAGUUCUGUUAAUAAGAGGCAGUUGGAAAGAAGUAUUUUACGAGCUGGAGCGACGAAAACUCGGUUUAGAAAAACUUCAACGAGACUUUGCUGAUGCAAUAGAAAGAGAAGAAGACUCUUCGAUCGAAAAACAAGCUCAAAUCCUCAACUACGAAAGUUUAUCCGACAAGCGAUGA